GCUUCGCCUUCGGUUUUUCUUCAUCAUUCUCAGUUUGGAAGGCGUCCUUGUAAGCUGCUCCAAGCCGAGUUCUUUUGUGACUUGCAACAAAAAGGAAGUUAUUUCCCUCAAUUUGUGCUAACUUCGGUGUGUGAAAAGGAAAACUACAUUUUUCAAAAUGCGUGAAUGUAUCUCCGUGCACGUUGGCCAGGCUGGUGUCCAGAUCGGUAAUGCCUGCUGGGAGCUGUACUGUCUGGAGCAUGGAAUCCAACCGGACGGUCAGAUGCCCUCAGACAAGACCAUCGGAGGUGGCGAUGAUUCGUUCAACACCUUCUUCAGCGAGACCGGAGCCGGCAAGCAUGUCCCCCGUGCCGUUUUCGUCGAUCUGGAACCCACUGUGGUCGAUGAAGUGCGCACCGGAACCUACCGUCAGUUGUUCCACCCGGAGCAGUUGAUCACCGGCAAGGAAGACGCCGCCAACAACUACGCCCGUGGUCACUACACCAUCGGAAAGGAAAUCGUCGAUGUCGUCCUGGACCGCAUCCGUAAGCUGGCCGAUCAGUGCACUGGUCUGCAAGGUUUCCUGAUCUUCCACUCGUUCGGAGGAGGUACCGGAUCCGGAUUCACCUCUCUGCUGAUGGAACGCCUCUCGGUUGACUACGGCAAGAAGUCCAAGCUCGAAUUCGCCAUCUACCCGGCUCCUCAGGUUUCGACGGCCGUCGUUGAGCCAUACAACUCGAUUCUGACGACCCACACCACCCUGGAACAUUCCGACUGCGCCUUCAUGGUCGACAACGAAGCCAUCUAUGACAUCUGCCGUCGUAACCUGGACAUUGAGCGCCCGACCUACACCAACCUGAACCGUUUGAUUGGCCAGAUUGUUUCUUCGAUCACCGCUUCUCUCCGAUUCGAUGGUGCCCUGAACGUCGAUCUGACUGAAUUCCAGACCAACUUGGUGCCCUACCCACGUAUCCAUUUCCCGUUGGUCACCUACGCUCCGGUCAUCUCUGCCGAGAAGGCCUACCACGAGCAACUCUCCGUGGCCGAAAUCACCAACGCUUGCUUCGAGCCGGCCAACCAGAUGGUCAAGUGUGACCCGCGUCACGGCAAGUACAUGGCAUGUUGCAUGUUGUACCGUGGAGACGUUGUCCCCAAGGACGUCAACGCGGCCAUUGCCACCAUCAAGACCAAGCGCACGAUCCAAUUCGUCGACUGGUGUCCCACCGGUUUCAAGGUCGGUAUCAACUACCAGCCUCCGACCGUCGUCCCCGGCGGUGAUCUGGCCAAGGUCCAGCGUGCCGUGUGCAUGUUGUCCAACACGACCGCCAUCGCCGAGGCCUGGGCCCGUCUGGAUCACAAGUUCGAUCUGAUGUACGCCAAGCGUGCCUUCGUCCACUGGUACGUCGGUGAGGGUAUGGAGGAAGGUGAAUUCUCCGAAGCCCGUGAGGAUUUGGCCGCCCUGGAGAAGGAUUACGAGGAAGUCGGCAUGGACUCCGGAGAGGGCGAGGGUGAGGGUGCUGAGGAAUACUAAAUCUUCGCAUCGGAGAGAGAAAAGAGAAAAGCCCGCACUGAACUGAAAACGGUCCGUUGUGAACCGAAGCGUGGCUCAAAGAAAAGAGGAAAUAAUUGAAUAAAUUGUUCUCGAAUUGAA